AUGGAGCAUGUACCCCCACGCUCAUCCGGUGCCGGAGCGGGGGAACACCGAUCAAGUCAAUUGAUAAUCACUUCAAACCCAAAACGAACCAUCUCGCGAACCUCGGCCGUCACCAACCACACCACGCACCCAACACCAAGGAUGGGCAAAAUAGCCAAGAUUGAGUAUUUCCGCGUGCCCCCACGAUGGCUCUUUGUCAAAAUCACCGACCAAGACAACAACACCGGCUGGGGCGAGGCCUCCCUCGAGGGCCACACGCAGGCCGUGGAAGGAUGCCUCGACGCAUGGCGCGAGCAAUACACCGGCCUCGAGGCAGAGCGGCGACCGGCCGUCCGACGUCGAGCAAGCCGCGUAAGCACCCCCCAUCCCAUCCAGAGGCGCCAACACUCGGCGCCGAGUCCUGACAAAAACCCGCAGCCUCGCCCGCAAGGCCCAGGGCUUCACGGCCGUCAAGAUGAACGCCACCUCGGACAUGGCCUGGCUCGACUCGCCCGCCCGGCUAGCGAGCUGCGUCGAGCGCGUGCAGGCCGUCAAGGCGCAAGGGCUCGACGUCGGCGUCGACUUCCACGGCCGGCUGCACCGCCCCAUGGCGAAGCAGCUCGCCGCGCUGCUGGCGCCCCUGCAGCCGCUCUUCAUCGAGGAGCCCCUGCUCCCGGAGCACAUCGAGGCCGUCCGCGAGCUCGGCAGGUCGGGGCUGGCCGCCAGCUCGGGGGCAAGGCCGCCGUGCCCGUCGCCCUCGGCGAGCGCCUCCACAGCCGCUGGGACGCGAAGCCCUUCCUCGAGGCGUCGUGCGUCGACGUCCUGCAGCCCGACGUCUGCCACGUCGGCGGCAUCUCGGAGCUUCGCCGCAUCGCCGCCAUGGCCGAGGCCUACGACGUCCCCAUCGCGCCGCACUGCCCGCUCGGGCCCGUCGCCCUCGCCGCGUGCCUGCAGGUCGCUGCCGCCACGCCCAACUUUGCCAUCCAAGAGAUGAGCCUGGGCAUACACUACAAUGUCGGCGGCUACGACUUGCUGAGCUACAUCACGAACCCGCACAUUUGGGACGUCAAGGACGGCUAUGUGGAGCUGAUGGACGGGCCGGGGCUGGGCAUUAGUGUCAAUGAGCAGCUGGUCCGGGAGGCUAGCAAAGGUGCCGAGGCGUGGGUGAGUCCUGGCUUUGUUGGCCCGGGUGGUGAGUUGAGGGAGUGGUGA